AUGGUGGCCGUCGAGCUGCAGGUCUGGACCAGUGGUCCCCUUCCGGAGAAGCGCUGGACCAAGGACGGCGAGGCUGGACCAAGUCCAGGCGAGGCUGAACCAGGUCCAGGUGAGGCUGGCCCAGGUCCAGGCAAGGCUGGACCAAGUCCAGGCGAGGAUGAACCAAGUCCAGGCGAGGCUGGACCAAGUCCAGGCGAGGCUGGACCAGGUCCAGGCGAGGUUGAACCAGGUGACCAUACACUCGGUAACGCUCGCAAGCGGGCGGCCGAGACGGUUCCCGGUCUGGAGGUGGAACCUCCAGAACUGGGAAAGGAGAUACCAGCGGUGGCCGGUACCUCCAUGGUCCCCGUCUGCUUCAUCCCCGAGGAAGGAGAGACGGGCACUGUUCCCGGAGAAAUGGAGGACCAGCGGAAGACCCACCUGUCUCACCAGAGCGAGACAGACCCUUAG